UUUAAAAUAGGGCUCUCCACAAUGAAAGCAAUCGUUGGAGAGACGUGUGAUGUCUUAUGGGAAGUACUUGGCCCAAUUUAUUUAUCGGUUCCACAGAAGAAUGAAUGGAAACGCAUUGCCAACGAUUUUUAUUCAAUGUGGGAUCUACCUAAUUGUGUUGGCGCUAUUGACGGCAAACAUAUAAAUAUAUUUUGCCCGAACAACAUCGGUUCCCUUUUUUAUAAUUAUAAGGGUAACUAUUCAAUAGUCCUUCUGGCAGCCUGUGAUGCAAAUUAUACCUUCACUGCGGUAGAUAUUGGUGCAUACGGUUCGCAAAUUGACGGCGGAGUUAUGUGGAACUCGAGUUUUGGGCAGCGUUUAUAUACGGGCCAAUUGAAUUUGCCGAAAGAAGAAGUAUUGCCCGGCACUAGCAACAGUUUUCCACACUAUUUUGUUGGAGACUCUGCGUUCCCAUUAAAACCUUUUUUAAUGAAACCGUAUCCAGGCAACUAA